AUGUGGGCUUCAACUUCAAAAAGGGGUUUGCUAAAUAGACCUACCAGGAGUUUGCUGAGAUUCAACUCAACAAAAAAUGGUGAUGCCAAUGGCAAAGCUGUCCCUGAGUUCAACUUGAAUGACAUUUUUAAAAGAAUUGACCAAGUUACUACAAAAGCUGCUGAGUUGAGCAAGCAAAGACAGUUGGGUAAACAACAUCAAGCUUCAAAACCUAGAUCUGGAAAACCACCGCAAUUCAAACCUAGGGCACAAAGUUCCCUGCAACAAGGACCGAGUAAUCAACAGAGACAACAACGUCCUUUUCGUGCCCAAAAUCAAAACUCCCCCACUCGUCCGUUUCGUUCCCAAGGUCAAGAAAAUAGAACAACAAACGUUCUUCGAAGCAAAUCCGGUGCCCCACAAGGAAACAGAUUCCGUAAACCUCAAGGAGAAUCUAAUCAAGUCCAACAGCAACCAGUCAAUCAAACGAGUAGCCAAGAAACGAAUAAUGGAAUUUAUAGACAAAACCAACGUGUUGCAUCCUUCAACUCAAACAACACCACAUUUGGAGAAAUUUCAGAAACAUCUCGCUCUUCAAAACUAUUUGAGCCACUUGGGGCAGGAUUUCAAAGACAAGAACCAAGAGGAAAACCAUGGCAAGGUCGUGGCGAAGCUUUUAGAAACAGCGAUAACAAACCUGCAUCCAGACCAUUUAAAAGAAGAGCCACUGGACAAAGAAGAGAUGGUAGAUCAUCAGCAGGAAGUGACAAACCAGCCAUUGCUGCUCCAAUUGAAUCAAAAGAACUAGUCGCUGAACCAUUGAGGCCUACUUUGAGACCAGAACAAUUUUUUUAUGGUAAAGUGCCAAGUAUAGUUUCGUCAGUUAGCUCAAGAGUAGCUUCGGUUGCCAAGUUGUCCUUGUUAGACUCAAAAUAUCCAUUCAACUUACCAAAGCAGAUCAUCGGAAAUGCACCUACUUCAUCUCAAAAUAGAUUCAUUUUACAAAAGAACUGGAACUUGGAACCUGAUCAAGAUGUGUUGAAAGGUAGGAUUAGUAGCGUUGUUUUAGGUCAAGUUGAGACUAUCGAUUUGAAAGGAAACAAAGACGCUGAUGCCUUGCAAGUGAGUCAUGAUCUUUCCAUCAAUCCUACAUUGCACUUAGCUCAAAAGCAACAAAUAUUUGAUACGAUUCAUUCAUUGAGUACUCUCAAAACAAUUUUUAAAGAUGCUCACUGGAGGAAAACUAAGAAGUAG